AUGGAAGAUGGGCCUUACACUGGAGGUGGGGUGGAUAAGGGAAGGGCGAGACAUUAUAAAGGGAGGGUCACAGUUCAUGUUAUCAUCGCUUGCAUUGUUGCUGCCACUGGCGGGUCCCUCUUCGGCUAUGACGUUGGGAUUUCAGGAGGGGUUGCUUCCAUGGAUGACUUUCUUCAGAGUUUCUUCCCCGCAGUGUACGCACAUAAAUUGGAAGCACAUGAAAACAACUAUUGCAAGUAUAAUAAUCAGGGCAUUUCUGCAUUUACCUCUACUUUAUACAUUUCUGGUUUUAUUGCAUCCCUGGUUGCAGCUCCAGUUACAAGGAAGUUUGGCCGGAGGGCAAGUAUCAUAAUUGGCGGUAUCAACUUUCUCAUCGGGUCGGCUCUUAAUGCUGCAGCUGUUAAUCUGGAAAUGCUCAUCAUAGGAAGGAUUCUGCAAGGUGUUGGCAUUGGAUUUGGAAAUCAGGCUAUUCCGCUCUAUUUGUCAGAGAUGGCGCCGACCCAAUUUCGAGGAGCGCUGAACAUGAUGUUUCAAGUCGCAACCACUUUUGGGAUUUUUACAGCAAAUAUGAUCAACUAUGGAACACAGCAGAUUCAACCAUGGGGGUGGAGGCUGGCCCUUGGCCUUGCUGCAAUACCAACUCUUUUGAUGACUGUCGGAGGAAUAUUUAUUCCAGAGACUCCAAAUAGCUUAGUAGAAAGAGGAUCAAAGGAACAAGGGAGGAAGCUCCUUGAAAAAAUGAGAGGUACGGAUGAGGUAGACGCAGAGUUCCAAGAUAUGCUUGAUGCAGGUGAAUUGGCAAACUCCAUAAAGCACCCCUAUUGGAACAUCCUUAAAAAAAGAUACAGACCAGAGUUGGUCAUGGCUAUCUGCAUGCCCGCAUUCCAGAUUCUGACGGGCAUAAACUCGAUUCUCUUUUAUGCUCCAAUGCUAUUUCAAAGCAUGGGAUUUGGCAGAGCGGCGUCUCUCUACUCCUCAGCCUUGACUGGAGUAGUUCUCGCCUUAUCAACAUUCAUUUCUAUUGCAACAGUAGAUAGAUUGGGGAGACGACCCUUACUCAUCAGCGGGGGAAUACAAAUGAUUGUAUGCCAGGUCAUAGCUGCCUUAAUUUUGGGGGUCAAGUUUGGAGAAAACCAAGAAUUGUCAAAAAGCUAUUCAAUAUCAGUUGUAGUUGUACUGUCUCUCUUUGUUCUAGCUUUUGGGUGGUCAUGGGGGCCACUAGGAUGGACAGUCCCGAGUGAAAUAUUUCCAUUAGAAGUUCGAUCAGCAGGGCAGAGUAUCACAGUGGCUGUAAACCUUCUGUUCACUUUCAUAAUCGCGCAGGCAUUCCUUUCCCUUUUAUGUUCUUUCAAGUAUGGGAUCUUUCUGUUUUUUGCUGGGUGGAUAAGCAUCAUGACAAUAUUUGUUGUCUUGUUCCUACCUGAAACCAAGGGAAUUCCCAUCGAGGAGAUGUCAAUUAUUUGGAGGAAACACUGGUUCUGGAAAAGGAUACUGUUGGAUGAUGCUGAUCGAUUAUCUCAGGACUCUGGAACUGAAUUAAUUCAUUUAGAUGUGUAA